AUGAGUUGCAACAUGACUUCUGUGGAGCUUUUUGACAUUGAACCUUCCGAAGAGAGCAUAGAUCAGGACAUGAGAGGCUUAUAUAAGUCGAUAGAAGAAGAUCCGAUGGCAUCAGAUGUUUUAUGUGAGUUCUCUGGGGUUGGAUUUGAUGGGGAUGGAGCGAUUCACAGGUUCUAUACAAAAUGGAUCUCAAGUGGUAUGAGGCCUACAAGUCCGGACACAUGUAUUGAUCCCCGACGUCUUUACGAUAAUUGUUUUGAGAUGAAAGAAAAGAAUGGGAAAAUGAGGAUUUAUGAAGAGAAAGAAUAUGCAUGCCGUGAUACUUCAAAAUCAAAGCCUUCUCUUUCGUAUGCUCAAAUAAUAACAAGAGCCAUAAGGACGAGCAAGGUGGGGAAGCUUACUCUUAGCGAGAUAUAUAAGUGGAUUGAAGAUUCGUUUGAGUACUACAGAUAUGCAAACCCCGUCUGGAAGAACUCUAUAAGACACAACUUGUCUCUGAACAAAUGCUUUAAGAAGGUUCCUCGGGAUCCCGGGACACGAGGAAAGGGAGGAAGAUGGAUGCUUGACUAUGAUUUCUUGUCAAAAGAAGACUUCAAGAGACGAAGGGGAGCCAAGCAUUAUGAUUCUGGUGUGAUGGAAAGAUCUGAGUCUUCUGGUGAUUGCUCACACGAUGAAAGGGAGGAUGGAUUUCGUGAUGUCGAGAUGUCUUCGAAGGGCCUGAUCGGUCAGAUGAAGAAGUUUAUGGCUUCUGAGAUCAAUCCAAGUAAGAAUGUAAAUAAAAUAUAA